AUGUUCCGAAAUCGGGAGCUGCGCUCGCACGCGAUUUACACGUGCACAGAUUGGUGCGGCGGAGUCUACGCUACUCCCACUUAUCAAGGCUCCCGCUCAGGAGGCAAUAUUGCCUGCGCCUGGGGCGUGAUGAACCUCUUGGGAAGAGAAGGAUACGUCGAGCGAGCGAAGAGAGUGAUCGGAUCCGCGCAUAAAUUGCGCGACGCUGCGCGAAAUAUUCACGGCAUCGAGGUUGUCGGAAACCCUCAGGAACAUGCUGACACUUUGUCGCGCUAG